AGGGUGAUCAAAUCCCAAGGAAUGGGGAGUGUCCUUGGAGUGUCCAAGGAGGGAAUGUCCUCUGUCCCCACAGGUGCCUGAGAUUUGCGUUUCUCCUGUGUCAUGGAGGGGGCAAAGCUUCUAGAAAUAGAGGUUUUGGAGAUCCUGCACCGGCAGGGAAGGCUGGUCUGCAGUGGGAGCAGCAUCCCAGGGGAGGGAUCUGAGAUGUCUGGUUUGUUUGGGAGUAUUGGAUGGAGAAGGUGAAGAGAUGUUUGCAAUAGUGGCUCCACGUUUGGGUCAUCAGCUUGGUGUGGGGAAGGCUGCCUUCCGUGCUGCCCUCGGUGGCCUGGAAGCCAAAAUAACAGAAGUUUCCUUCUUUCCAUGGGCCACCAAGCAGUUCCUGGAGGAGAUCAACAAGUGGACAGGCCAGUACAAUGUGUCCCCGCUCUCCUGGAAUGUGGCUGUCAAGUUCCUCAUGGCCCGCAAGUUCGACGUCCUGCGGGCCAUCGAGCUCUUCCACUCCUACCGGGAGACGCGGCUCAAGGAGGGGAUUGUGAAGCUGAAGCCGCACGAGGAGCCACUGCGCUCGGAGCUGCUCAGUGGGAAAUUCACCAUUCUGAGCGUGCGGGACCCCUCGGGAGCCUCCAUCGCCCUGUUCACAGCCAAGCUGCACCACCCCAGCAAGAGCGUGCAGCACGUGGUGCUCCAGGCACUCUUCUACCUGCUGGACCGAGCUGUGGAGAGCUUUGAGACACAAAGGAACGGGCUGGUAUUCAUCUACGACAUGGCAGGGUCACAGUACACCAACUUCGAGCUGGACCUCAGCAAGAAGAUCCUCAACCUGCUCAAGGGUGCCUUCCCAGCUCGGCUGAAGAAGGUUUUCAUCGUGGGAGCACCCAUGUGGUUCCGUGUGCCCUACUCCAUCAUCAGCCUGCUGCUGAAGGAGAAGCUGCGGGAGCGGGUGCAGAUGGUGAAGAUGUCGGAGCUGAAGGAUCACCUGCCCCGGGAGUGCCUCCCUGAGUACCUCGGGGGGUCCCUCAAGCUGGACCCUCUGAGCUGGAACUGCCGGUUCCUGCCCCAGCAGAACGGGCACCCCGACCCCCUGGACGAGCUCAUCCUGGUGCCGCUGGCGGCCCCCAAAGAUAACGGCUCCGUCCACGUCCCCGGGCCCAAGUCUGUCACCCUGCAGGAGCUGCUGGACCACGUCAGCCACAAGCAGAAACGUGGCAUCUAUGAGGAGUACGAAGACAUUCGGCGCAGGAGCCCCGCCGGCACCUUCGCCUGCUCUUUGGCACCCUACAACCAGGACAAGAACCGGUACGGGGACGUGCCCUGCCUGGACCAAACCCGUGUCAAGCUGGCAAAGCCAUACAGCCGCCCGGAGCUGACUGACUACAUCAAUGCGAGCUUCAUGGAUGGCUACAAGCAGAGGAAUGCUUACAUUGGCACUCAGGGGCCUCUGGAAAACACCUAUGGUGACUUCUGGCGCAUGGUGUGGGAGCAGAACGUCCUGGUGAUCGUGAUGACAACCCGGCUGGAGGAGGGAGGCAGGAGGAAGUGCGGCCAGUACUGGCCCCUGGAAAAGGAUUUCCAGGCGUGCUUUGGGGCCCUGACCAUCACCAACCUGGGCAUAGAGAACCUCAACCAUUACAAGAAGACCAUCCUGGAGAUCCACAGCUCAGAGACCAGGGAGCGGCGGCUGGUGUCCCACUUCCAGUACCUGAGCUGGCCAGAUUAUGGUGUCCCCUCUUCUGCUGCCACUCUCAUUGACUUUCUGGGGGCCGUGAAGCAGCAGCAGAGAGUGGCUGUCAGCGCCCUGGGACCUCGCUUCAAGGGCCACCCCGGGGGACCCCCAGUCGUGGUGCACUGCAGCGCUGGCAUUGGCAGGACAGGUACCUUCUGCGCGCUGGACAUCUGCCUGUCACAGCUGCAGGACGUGGGCACGCUGAACAUCUACCAGACAGUGCUGCGCAUGCGGAGCCAGCGCGCCUUCAGCAUCCAGACCCCCGAGCAGUAUUACUUCUGCUACACGGCCAUCCUGGAGCACGCCCAGCGCGAGGGGCUGCUGCUCUCCAACCACAGCCGGGCCGCCCAGGAGAGGAGCUCGCCGGGGCACUGAGAGCCUCCGCCCCCCUCGGACGCCGCUGCCCAUCCUCGGGGGCUGCCCCGCCGGGACUCAGCAGGGCCGGAGCGCCUCGGCUGUCAGCACUGCUAUGGAACUGUGCCUUAUUCAACCCAAACGGUGGCUGCCACUUUGCCGGCACGGGAAGGGGCUCAGACUCCUCCCCGUCGUGUUUCGGUUGGGUUUGGAUGGUUGGGGAGGUGGUUUGUCUUCUCUUCGAGUUGUUGGGUUUUUUCAUUUUGUUUUCGUUUUUUUUAUGUUGUUGUUGGGACCACCUAAGAUGCACCUAGAGAGGGGCUUUGCAAAGUCCUAGGAAAUGUAUUCCCAGUCCUGGGGCUGAGGAAGAGGCGCGUGCUUCGGCCUCACCUGACGCUCCAUGUGUGUGUCUGUAUGUAUGUGUGUAUAUAAUAUACCCCCGCUGUGACCCCCCCGGCUAUUAUAUAGAUACAUAUAUACAACCUCCCCUGUAGCAGCUCCCAAGGGUCCCCGCUGUCCUGCCACCUCACUGCUGUGAUCUCUGGAGCGGUGAGUUUGGUCCUGGCUCUGUCUUGUCUCCCCCCCUUGCCCUUAUUUCCCCUCAUGGGCAGCGUUGGGACCCAGCACCCACUCCUGUGCCCAUCCCGCUGGAGGCACAAGGAUACCCGAUGGUGUCCCCCCUGUUUCUUUGUCUCAUCCUCCCCACGGAGAGAGAGAUAGCAGCAGUGCUCCUGGGAGGAUCUGGAGGAUUGGGUUGUCUGGGGGUGCUGAGCUGGCAGGCACCCCCUGCCCUUGGGUGCCGCUGAGAGAGUCACUAGGUACGAGGUGACAGGGUGAUGGGGCUGUGGGGACUGACUGGCUCUCCAGGUUGCCCGGCUUUCCCAAGCUGCCCCUGGGAACCCGCAGGCCCAGCCCUGCGCUGAGUCAUGGGCUGGGAAAGCGCUGAGCAAGAGUAAACCCCAAACCCUGGAGAGGCACCGAGCCUCUGCCCCAGCCCCGCCACUGCCUGGGCCUCCCCAACUUUAUACUGUAAUAAGCUCUUUGAAUGUGUAUAUUCUUAUUUUUUUAUAAUCUUGGGGGAGGGGGGCGUGGGGUUUGGGAGGUUUUGUUUUGUUUUCUUUUGGGGUUUUUUUUGUGUUUGGUUUUUUUUUUUUUUUUUGUAUUUAACAUUAACUUGAUCCAAGCCAGAGCCAGAAGUAUUUGUAAAUGUUCCUAUUUUGCUCUCAGAGAAACCUUUUUGUUGUUACUUUUUUGGGAGUUGUUUUGUUUUUAUUUGUAUUGAUAUAUAAAUAUACCACCAGUGACAAGUC